AUGGCGUGGUCUAGUGAUCAACUCCCAGCAUACAAAAUUGCUCGACUGUACUCUGAAGAAGGUGUCUACACUCUAGAAAGGCAGUUUGAUAGACUUCUUGAGGUCUUGGAGAAUAGAAGGAGCCCUAGAAGGAGGAGGAGCCCUAGUGAAGAAGAUGACUCUCACUCUCCUCGCCGGAGAAGGGAAUACCGCCAACGACACCAUGAGGACAACCGUGACCGAGACAUCAAGUUGGAAUUUCCGGACUUUGAAGGUAAUCUUGAUCAUAAUGAAUUUCUUGAUUGGGUUAGGAGUAUGGAGAAUGUGUUUGAAUAUAAGGGUUAUAAUGAUGAAAAAUGUUUCAAAUUAGCCAUCCUUAAACUCAAAAAACAUGCUUCUUUGUGGUAUGAGAACUUAAAGAAUCGUAGGAAGAAAGAUGGAAAAUCAAAAAUCACUUCUUGGGAGAAAUUGAAGAAACAUAUGAACAAGGCCUUUGUGCCUAAAGAUUAUUUGCAAGAUGCUUAUCUUAAAUUGAACUCUCUUAAGCAAGGAACUAUGUCGGUAGAGAAGUAUACUAGGGAGUUUGAGAAACUUUCUAUCAUGAGUGGAAUUGAAGAAGCACCGGAGCAUAAGAUUCCUAGGUAUAUUGGUGGUCUUGAAAGAAAGCUUGGGAAAAAGGUUGAUGUGCGUGCCCAUGGAAGUUUUGAUCAAGUGGUGCAAAAAUCUUUGAAGUUUGAGAAGUAUGACAAGGUGAGUAGUGCUAGUGGGUAUACUAAGCCUACCUUCAAGAGUUCUUUUGCUCCAAAGGGUGAGAUAAGCAAGCCCAUUGCCAAGGAUGACAAAGGCAAGGCUCCCAUGCUCUCUUCUAGCAAAUAUGAUCACAAUAAGAUGAGCAAUUAUAAGACUUGCUACAAGUGUAGGGGUUAUGGACAUUUUGCUAAUGAGUGUCCAAAGAGUAGAGCUAUGAUGAUUCGUGAAAUGGAUGAUGAUGAGUACGAAGAUGAGAAGAGGGAUUUUGGAGACCCUAUUUAUGAUGAAGAGGAUGAGAUUCUAGUUGAAGCCGAUGAGGGUCAAAUCCUUGUUGUGAAGAGGGAACUUCACUCCAUUUCUACCCCUUUGGCGGAAGAGCAAAAGGAAAACAUCAUCCAAACUCGUUGCACCAUCAAGGAUCGAGUUUGCAACCUUAUCAUUGAUAGUGGCUCUUGCACUAAUGUGGCUUCAACAACAUUAGUGAGCAAGCUCAAUCUUGAAACUACCGAUCAUCCUAAUCCCUGCAAGCUUCAAUGGCUUAACAAUCACAAUGAGGUGAAGGUAACGAAACAAACUCUUCUUUAUUUCUCAAUUGGCAAGCUAUGUAAGGAUGAGGUGCUUUGUGAUGUAUUACCUAUGGAUGCUUGUCAUGUAUUGCUUGGUAAACCUUGGCAAUUUGAUAGAGAUGUAAUGCAUGAUGGAAGAAAGAACACUUAUUCAUUCAUGAUGGAGAAGAAGAAGAUUGUACUCAACUCCUUGUCCCCCACCAUCAAACACAAAGAACCCUUGGGUACGGGAAACACAAUCAAAGAGAACCUUCUCAUUGGGGGAAAUGAGAUGGGAAAGGAGAUAAAUCAAGGACACCUUGUCUUUAUUUGUCUUCUUAGGGAAACACAAGAGAGUGAGCGAGAGAACCCAAUCCACCCCCUUGUCAAGGAAGUAUAG